UUGAGGUUAGGUUUUUUGUUUUGACGGCGGGAAUUGUAGUACUAGAUUUGUUUUGGUUUUCCGGACUUUCACUUUUUUCUCCCGUGUGCGGAAAAUGGACAAAAUAGAGAGGAGGACUUUUGCCAAUUUGUGCCGUGGCUGUCUUAUGAAUCUGGACACUAUUAAUAACAUAACAUUUGCCUUAUCUGAAGGAUCUAGCAAUGCUGAAAAAUUUCAAUCAUGCACCAACAUUUCGAUCACAGAACAAGAUGGUCUUCCUGCUAGCUUAUGCAUAGAGUGCAUGGAAAAGUGCAAUAAUUGGUAUGAUUUCAAGAAACAAUGUGAACAUUCGAAUGAGAUCCUGCUGAAAUUGAUCCAUCAGGAAGUUCCGGAAGGGUCAAAUAUUGAUGAUCCAGAAAGUGAGGCAGCUCUUGUUUUUACUUUCACGACCAAUUCCACAGAAAUUCACGAUCUUGACAGUGUUAUCCUCUCAGAAAUCGACUUGGAUGUGAAAAAAGACAGUCCAAGGGAAAUCCAGGAAGUUUCCGAGGCAUUCCAGAGCGAGACUAAUGACAAUUCCGCGGAAAAGGAACAAAAGAAGGCAAAAAAGAAGAAAUCCAAAGUAUCUUCCAAGCAGUAUCACUGUGAGAUGUGCAAGAAGAAUUUUCGCAAUGAAGAUCGCUACGAAGCCCAUCUCCGGGAACAUCGUGGCCUUAAGCCGGAAGUGUGCAAGAUCUGUGAGAAGGAAUUCACAAAUCUUCGAGCCCUUCGACGUCAUCGAGUGAAGCACAACGAUCUUAAGCAAUUUACCUGUCAGACCUGUGGAAAAAGUUACAAAUAUGCCACAUCCCUCAGUCUCCACACAAAAGUCCACAAGAACAUCCGGAGAUAUGUCUGUGAUAUCUGUGGCAAAUCCUUCAUCCGGGCUCAUGGUUUGCAGAGUCAUCAAUUGUCCCAUUCGACGGAUAAACCAUUUGCCUGCAGCAUUUGCAGUAAAACCUUCAAGAAUCAGGUAAUGCUGAAGAAUCAUCAACUCCGGCACAAUGGCAUCAAGAAUUUCAAGUGUUCCCUCUGCGGAAAGUGCUUUACCACUUCUCCGGAACUCACCACUCACACUCGCAGUCACACGGGCGUCAAGCCUUUUCGGUGCUCAGUGGCGGAUUGCGAGAAGAGCUACAAGACCAAGAGUCAUUUGGCGGUCCACAUGAGAUUUCACACGGGAUCUCGGCCUUAUGCCUGCACUUCCUGUCCCCUCAAAUUUGCCCACAACAAAGUUCUAAAGCAGCACAGAUUGACGCACACAGGAGAACGCCCAUUCAGUUGCCCCACGUGCCAGAGACCCUUCCGGCAGAAGAGCACCCUAAAGGCUCACAUGAAGACGCACAAAUCGGAAGAAACGCCGCUUCCAGCUGUUGACCAAUUCCCACUAUCAACAUUCCUGGAUGAUGAUCAAGCCAUUGGAAUCCAUCAAAACGAUUUUAUAUCCAUCUAAAUUAAGAUUUAAGGAACACUCUACACUUCCUCUUGAGACAUUUAACGGCUUCUAUGAAGAUCUCGUCAGGCUUCAGCGAUCCCACGGAUUCGACGUUGAAGAUAAAAUGAUUCUGAACUCGAGACAUUGUUACGGCAUCACUGAGAUGCGGAUACCGGUAGACAUUGCGGCUGUUGGAAUCGUACCUGGCAUUCUUCACGUAAGCCCUCUGUUGAUCAUCAAUCUCAAUGACUCCCGGCGAGAAGCACUGCUUCAGCAAUCUGGCAUCGCAUCCACUCACCGUUCGAUUGAGCUUGAUUUCCGGAAGUAGACGAUAGUAGGCUGUGGCUACGGGUGAAAAUUUGGCAUGAUCUUGCCCAAUGCCCUUGACAGCCACCAAUUUCAGAUCCAACUCAUGGCCUGGUCGCAUGCGUGCAAUGAGGAUGUCGUCGUGAAUGGGACCAACGUCAAUUUCCUUGUACAGGGACGCCUGUCGUCCCUUGGGCAACCAUUUUAUCUGAUUUGAAUACACGCUGGUGUUUUUGAUGUA